UGCCGGGACCAGUGCUGACACCGAGCCCCUGCCAGGCCCCGGUGCUCAGCGAGCCGCCGCUACCUUAACUUCCUUGCGCGCUCACGCCCGGGGGUUGCCCCGGGAAUCUCCACGCGCGCACACCAGCUUCCCGAGAGGCAUCGGUCCUGCGUGGCCCACCCUUUCCAAACCCCGGCGAGCGCCAGGAAAAGCGCAGCCCGCCGAGCGGCGCACGCGCAGUCAGGAGAGCGUCCCGCUGCCUCCUUGGCCCUGCCAGGAGCCGGCCUUAGUCCGCCGCCAACUGGCGGUUCGACUCGAGGCCAACGCGGAGGCUGAGUCCGACGCAAACAGGGCGUCCUAAGCAGUGUCGCCUACGGCGCUGAGAAGACGGUUUCAGAAGCAGGCAACGGGAACAAGAUGUGAACUGUUUCUCUUCUGCAGAAAAAGAGGCCCUUCCUCCCCCUCCCGCGACAGUGGGUAUGAUAUCCUGGCUGCUGUCCUCUAUUGCCGCAGUAAGGGCAAUGUUCUGAGAAAGACUCUGCAUGGGAAUGGCUUGCCUUAUGAUGACAGAAAUGGAAACAACAUCCACAUCUCCUGUACAUCAGAAUGGUGAUAUUCCUGGAAACACUAAUUCUCUAAAGCAUAUAGAUCCAAUUCUUCAAGUGUAUCUUUACCAUUCCCUUGGGAAAGCUGAGGGAGAUUAUCUGAAGUUUCCAAGUGGAGAGUACAUUGCAGAAGAAAUAUGUGUUGCUGCUUCUAAAGCUUGUGGUAUCACACCUGUGUAUCAUAAUAUGUUUGCUUUAAUGAGUGAAACAGACAGGAUCUGGUACCCCCCCAACCACGUCUUCCAUAUAGAUGAAUCAACAAGGCAUAAUGUACUCUACAGAAUAAGAUUUUACUUUCCUCACUGGUAUUGCAGUGGCAGCAACAGAACUUAUCGGCACGGGAUAUCUCGAGGUGCGGAAGCUCCUCUUCUUGAUGACUUUGUCAUGUCUUAUCUUUUUGCUCAGCUGGACGAUCAUGACAAGCAGAAGGGAGGAAGAUACACCAAGCCAAUUGACGGCUCCUUUUGGAAAAAUUGUACCACCAAUGACAUCAUCAGCAAAAAUACCCCAACACUACCACAAGUCGCUGCACCAACAGAUAGUUCACAAUGCAUACAGUGGCGGCAUGAUUUUGUGCAUGGAUGGAUAAAAGUGCCUGUGACUCAUGAAACACAGGAAGAAUGUCUUGGGAUGGCAGUGUUAGAUAUGAUGAGAAUAGCCAAAGAAAAUGAUCAAACUCCACUGGCCAUUUAUAACUCUAUCAGCUAUAAGACAUUCUUACCAAAAUGUGUUCGAGCAAAGAUUCAAGACUAUCAUAUUUUGACAAGGAAGCGAAUAAGGUACAGAUUUCGCAAAUUUAUUCAGCAGUUCAGUCAAUGCAAAGCCACUGCCAGAAACUUGAAACUUAAGUAUCUUAUAAAUCUGGAAACUCUUCAGUCUGCCUUCUACACAGAGCAAUUUGAAGUAAAAGAACCUGGAAGAGGUCCUUCAGGUGAGGAGAUUUUUGCAACCAUUAUAAUAACUGGAAACGGUGGAAUUCAGUGGUCAAGAGGGAAACAUAAAGAAAGUGAGACACUGACAGAACAGAAUUUACAAUUAUAUUGUGAUUUUCCUGAAGUUAUUGAUGUCAGUAUUAAGCAAGCAAACCAGGAAGGCUCAAAUGAAAGUAGAAUUGUAACUAUCCAUAAACAAGAUGGUAAAAAUUUGGAAAUUGAACUUACCUCAUUGAGAGAAGCCUUGUCUUUUGUGUCAUUAAUUGAUGGGUAUUACAGAUUAACUGCAGAUGCGCAUCAUUAUCUCUGUAAAGAAGUAGCACCUCCAACAAUGCUUGAAAAUAUACAAAGCAACUGUCAUGGCCCAAUUUCAAUGGAUUUUGCCAUCAGUAAACUGAAAAAAGCAGGUAAUCAGACUGGGCUGUAUGUACUUCGAUGUAGUCCUAAGGACUUUAAUAAGUAUUUUCUGACUUUUGCUGUUGAGCAAGAAAGUGUCAUUGAAUAUAAACACUGUUUGAUUACUAAAAAUGAAAAUAGAGAAUAUAAUCUCAGUGGAACUAAGAAGAAUUUCAGUAAUCUUAAAGAUCUUUUGAAUUGCUACCAGAUGGAAACUGUUCGCUCAGACAAUAUAAUUUUCCAGUUUACUAAAUGCUGUCCCCCAAAGCCAAAAGAUAAAUCAAAUCUUCUGGUCUUCAGAACCAAUGGCAUUUCUGAUGUACCAACCUCACCAACAUUACAGAGGCAUAAUAAUGUGAACCAAAUGGUGUUUCACAAAAUCAGAAAUGAAGAUUUAAUAUUCAAUGAAAGCCUUGGUCAAGGCACUUUUACAAAAAUUUUUAAAGGUAUAAGAAGAGAAGUAGGAGACUAUGGUCAACUGCAUGAAACGGAAGUUCUUUUAAAAGUUCUGGAUAAAGCACAUAGAAAUUAUUCAGAGUCUUUCUUUGAAGCAGCAAGCAUGAUGAGCCAGCUUUCUCAUAAGCAUUUGGUUUUAAAUUAUGGAGUAUGUGUCUGUGGAGACGAGAAUAUUCUGGUUCAGGAGUUUGUAAAAUAUGGAUCACUAGAUACAUAUCUGAAAAAGAAUAAAAAUUCUAUAAAUAUAUUAUGGAAACUUGAAGUGGCUAAACAGUUGGCAUGGGCCAUGCAUUUUCUAGAAGAAAAAUCCCUUGUUCAUGGGAAUGUAUGUGCCAAAAAUAUUCUGCUUAUCAGAGAAGAAGACAGGAAAACAGGAAAUCCUCCUUUCAUCAAACUUAGUGAUCCUGGCAUUAGCAUUACAGUUUUACCAAAGGACAUUCUUCAGGAGAGAAUACCGUGGGUACCACCUGAAUGCAUUGAAAAUCCUAAAAAUCUAAAUUUGGCAACAGACAAGUGGAGUUUUGGUACCACUUUAUGGGAAAUCUGCAGUGGAGGAGAUAAGCCUCUGAAUGCUCUAGAUUCUCAAAGAAAGCUACAGUUUUAUGAAGAUAGGCAUCAGCUUCCUGCACCAAAGUGGACAGAAUUAGCAAACCUUAUAAAUAAUUGCAUGGAUUAUGAACCAGAUUUUAGGCCUUCUUUCAGAGCCAUUAUACGAGAUCUUAACAGUUUAUUUACUCCAGAUUAUGAACUAUUAACAGAAAAUGACAUGCUACCAAACAUGAGGAUUGGUGCCCUAGGGUUUUCUGGUGCAUUUGAAGACAGAGACCCUACACAAUUUGAAGAGAGACAUUUGAAAUUUCUACAGCAACUUGGCAAGGGUAAUUUUGGGAGUGUGGAGAUGUGCCGGUAUGAUCCUCUACAGGACAACACUGGGGAAGUGGUGGCUGUAAAAAAACUCCAACACAGUACUGAGGAGCAUCUCAGAGACUUUGAAAGGGAAAUUGAAAUCCUGAAAUCUCUGCAGCAUGACAACAUUGUAAAGUACAAAGGAGUAUGCUACAGUGCUGGACGGCGUAAUCUAAGAUUAAUUAUGGAAUAUUUACCAUAUGGAAGUUUACGAGACUACCUCCAAAAACAUAAAGAACGAAUAGAUCACAAGAAACUUCUGCAGUACACAUCUCAGAUAUGCAAGGGCAUGGAGUAUCUUGGUACAAAAAGGUAUAUCCAUAGAGAUCUAGCAACAAGAAAUAUAUUAGUGGAGAAUGAGAACAGAGUUAAAAUUGGAGAUUUUGGAUUAACUAAAGUCUUGCCACAAGACAAAGAAUACUAUAAAGUGAAAGAACCUGGUGAAAGUCCCAUAUUCUGGUAUGCUCCAGAAUCUCUAACGGAGAGCAAGUUUUCUGUGGCCUCGGAUGUUUGGAGCUUUGGAGUGGUUUUGUAUGAACUUUUCACAUACAUUGAAAAGAGUAAAAGUCCGCCAGCGGAAUUUAUGCGUAUGAUUGGCAAUGACAAGCAAGGACAGAUGAUUGUGUUCCAUUUGAUAGAACUCUUGAAGAGUAAUGGAAGAUUACCAAGGCCAGAUGGAUGCCCAGAUGAGAUUUAUAUGAUCAUGACAGAGUGCUGGAACAAUAAUGUAAAUCAACGCCCCACCUUCAGGGACCUAGCACUUCGAGUGGAUCAAAUAAGGGACAGCAUGUCUGGAUGAAAGAAAUCGUGUUUAAACUGAGACCAAAGUACACUUAGAAAAGAAAGUUUUAUAUUUCACAAUACUAUGGACUAUAUUUACACAUAUCAUUCUUAUAUAAACCAUGAUGCCCGCUGGCAAAGAUGUGAAAAUACUUGCUCAAAACUUCAAACUUUUGUGAAUUUUUCUUCAUUCAGCCAUCUGUAGAGGAUACUAUGAAGCGUCUUGAGCAAGAAAGUUUGUGAAAAGUAUCAUGAAUUUUGUCAGUUACAUCUUCUCCUCUAGCAAAAGAUAAAAUAGACUCUUUUUCAACUCAGUUUUUUGAGAGAUGAAAUAUUAUAAUGUAAAUUUUUCAAUGUUAAAGAUACAUAGAAUAUAUAUGUACAGUUUUUACCACAGUGAAUGUAUUAUACUUUGGCAUCUUGUGUGAGAUACACAAGGGCUGAUGUUCAUUAGUAAUGUUUUCUGAUUUUUCCAUAAUUGAUUUAAAUAACUUCAUUAUGCAAACAAAUUAAGAUGUUUAAGAAAUUGAAUAAGCAACUUUGUGUUCUUGUUCAUCUGUGUCACUGUCUGGCAAUAUUAAGCAGGCUUAUACUUUUGACUUGUAGUUUCAUGUACUGUAAAUAUUUUUCAAAGCAGAGGGAACAAAAGUCUAGUUUUAUUUGUAUAGGAAAUUUCCCUGACCUUCUAAGGAACACAUUUUGAAAUGGAACAAGCUUACAAAGACAUAACACAAUCUAUUUUCUUAUUUGUUUCCCUUGUAUCUGUUUGUGGUAAGUAUGUUUUUUUUUUUUUUGAUAGAAGUAUCUUCAGACUUUUCUAAGACUAUAAUGAAUAGUAUUCUUUAAAAUUUUUGAGAUUAAGAAUGCUGGAAAUAUUGUCACCCCUUGAGCUGUUGACUGCCAAUAAGAUUCUUCAAUCCCUGGAACCUGUGGUAAUGCAUUACAUUUAAACAUAAGCCAUAAAAUAAUUUCUAAAAUGUACAAGCUCAUUAAGAUGCAUAUUGGAUUAAGAAUUAUUUUUCUAAAGAGUAUGUAUUUGAGUGGUUUCCAAACUUUCUAUUGCAGUCAUAGAUUUUUUUUAGAGUGUCUCCUACACAAAAGAGGUAAAUUGGUGAAAAAAUAUGCUUAUAAUAAUUUGAUUCAAAAAUUCCAGUAGAAAAUUCAUGAUGUAUAGCUUUAAGGAAAAGGAGAGAGAACAUACAUAUUUUCAUAUAAGUGUAAAGAAUUUGUUGUUGUCAUACGUUUUACUGUGACUCCAUUUAGAUCCCAUACCUAAAAUAAAAUAUGGUGGGUUUGUGUGUGUGCA